AAAUAAAGUUGCAAUUAUUUUGAAUCUCUAAUCAUAUGUGGAAUGGCCAACCAAGAAAAUCUCCCUCUCUAUGAAAAAAUUUGGGUCAAAAGAACAUUUCAAAGAGCAAUAGACAUUUUCAUUCUUCUCCUCUUAUUUUCUCUUCUUAGUUUCCGUUUUCUCUCUAUAAACACCUUCACACUUCCAUGGUUCCUUGCUUUCUCAUGUGAAUCUUGGUUCACUUAUACUUGGAUUGUUAUUCUCAACACCAAAUGGAGUCCUGCGCUAACCAAAACAUACCCCCAACGUCUCCUCCAACGAGUACCAGAGCUUCCACGUGUGGACUUGUUUGUGACAACAGCAGAUCCUGUACUUGAACCUCCCAUAAUCACAUUGAACACUGUGUUGUCUCUUUUGGCACUUGAUUAUCCAUCUAAUAAGCUAGCAUGUUAUGUUUCUGAUGAUGGUUGUUCACCUUUUACCUUUUAUGCCCUUGUUGAAGGCUCAAAAUUUGCUAAGCAUUGGGUACCUUUUUGUAAAAAGUAUAAUAUACAAGUUAGAGCCCCUUUAAGAUAUUUCUGUGAAGUUACCAAUUUUGAAAGUGAAGACUCAUCAGAAUUCAAACAAGAAUGGUUCCUAAUGAAGGAUAUGUAUGAUAAUCUUAGCCGAAAUAUUGAAGAUGUGACCAGAAAUUUAAUUCCAUUCCCACUUGAGGGAGAAUUUGAAGUGUUCUCAAAUACAGAAAAAAUAAAUCAUCCAAGCAUAGUUAAGGUUAUAUUGGAGACCAAGGAUGAACUUUCUAAUGGAUUGCCUCACUUAAUCUACAUAUCAAGAGAGAAGAGACCAAAGUAUCAACACAACUACAAAGCAGGAGCUAUGAAUGUGUUGACAAGAGUCUCUGGAUUGAUGACAAAUGCUCCCUUCAUGUUGAAUGUAGACUGUGACAUGGUUGUGAACAAUCCCAAGAUUAUUCAACAUGCUAUGUGCAUUUUAAUGGAUUCUAAGAGUGGAAAAGAUGUUGCUUUUGUUCAAUGUUUCCAACAAUUUUAUGAUGGAAUAAAAGAUGACCCUUUUGGAAAUCAAUGGGUGGCUGCAUUUGAGUACAUAAUAAGGGGCAUGGCAGGACUUCAAGGACCUUACUAUGGAGGAACAAACACCUUCCAUAGAAGAAAUGCUAUUUAUGGUCUUUAUCCUGAUGAAGUUCAAUAUGGAAAAAAAGUAGGAAAGUUAACAGAAAAGAAAUUAAUACAACAAUUCGGAAGUUCAAAGGAGUUUGUCAAAUCAGCAACACAUGCUUUUGAAAGGAGUGAUUACUCUACUAAUAAUGGUAUUAGUCUUUCCAACUUUAUUGAAGAAGCAAUCCAAGUAUCUGAUUGUGGAUAUGAUAAUGGCACUUCUUGGGGUAAAAAGAUGGGCUGGUUAUAUGGAUCAAUAUCAGAGGAUGUACCAACUGGGUUGAAUAUGCAUAGAAAAGGUUGGAGAUCAGAGUGUUGUACACCGGUUCAAACCGCCUUUAAAGGCUGCGCUCCGGUUGGAUUACUCACUACAAUGAUCCAACAAAAGAGAUGGGCUUCAGGCCUCACUGUUGUCUUCUUUGGCAGACACUCUCCUGUUAUGGGCACCCUCUUUGGUAAGAUCCAAAUCAGGGCUGGAUUGUCUUAUUGUUGGCUUACCAAUUGGGGUUUGCGUUCUGUCUUUGAAGUUUGCUAUGCAGCUUUAGUUGCUUAUUGCAUAAUCACCAACUCCAAUAUCUUUCCUAAGGGACUUGGGCUAUGGAUUCCUUUUACUCUAUUCGUGAUCUAUAAUUUGCAUACUCUACAAGAGUAUCUAUCAACAGGGUUGUCAUUAAGACAUUGGUGGAACAACCAAAGAAUGAGCAUAAUAAGAACCACAAGUGUAUGGUUUAUAGGAUUUUUGAGUGCUAUGCUUAAGAUCUUAGGGAUAUCUGAUUCAGUCUUUGAAGUAACACAGAAGAAAAACACAAGUUCCAGUGCUGCUGAAGAUGAUGCAAAUGCUGGUAGGUUCACUUUUGAUGAUUCACCAGUUUUUGUGGUUGGUACAACCAUUUUGCUGGUGCAAUUGACAGCACUUUUUGUUAAGAUUUUGGGGUUGCAAUUACAAGCUCAUAGUGGAAAUGGAUGUGGACUAGGUGAGUUGAUGUGUAGUGUGUAUCUAGUAGUAUGCUAUUGGCCAUAUCUCAAAGGGUUGUUUGCUAGAGGAAAAUAUGGGAUUCCUUUAUCUACCAUUUUCAAGUCUGCACUUCUUGCGUUUAUUUUUGUGCACUUUAGUAGAAUUACCCUUAUAAGUUGAUAUUGGUCUUGAUAUUCAAUGUAUUUUUAGGUACAUAUCAAUCGAUAUAAUUGUCUUUUAAAUAAAUAAAUAAAAACAAGAAAGUGGCAAACAUAAACAUUAUUAUUUCUUAAUGUGGUGAUUAAGAUAGUUUAUUGUUAAACCACAUUAAUUUAAUUAUCAGUGUGUGUUUGUCCAUCACAACAAAA